UUUGUCUUUCCCGUCCCGGUCCCGAUUGUACUUGUAUCCAUUGUCCCCAACAAUGCAGUGAUAUCCGAAAGACCCAACCAAGGACUCAAACGGAGAACAAUGGAGCAGACGAUCACCACAACCAGGCAUCCUCGCAUAAAUAUGCGUGUCACAAAGUGGCUACGGCGUAUUAGCCAUGGGAAGGGGUUGCUCGGACACACAAGCCUGUCCUCGCUUCCCACCAUGGCGCCGCCAAUCGAUUCUCACAUACACCUCCCGGACGAAAUUCUCGUACACAUUGUCCAGCAACUUGACCCGAUCACGCUCAUCGCACUCUCCCAAUGCUCAAAAUCAUGGAGGACGUUGAUCAACCCCAACCACCACGACUAUGUCCAGCGUCUCCUAGCUCUAGAGCUCACGCCCGAAUACGGCGGCAUCAUACCGCUGUUCGACGAGGCCUCCCAAACGCUGUCACCGCCGUGGGAAAGCCCGGAGUGGAAGAAAACCAAUUACGCCUGCUGCGGCUGCAUGAAGCUGCUCCCGCACAUGAUGUUCGAUAACCACGCCCUCCUCCGUCGGCCUUACCGCAAGCCGCCGCUUGGGAGCGUGGAGGCUAGCAAGGCCAGCAUGACAGAUUGGGAACCGUUGGAACCGAGCGCUAGAUGGAGGCGGAUCCAUAAGAAAGCCGCGCUGUUGAAAGCUGAGCGGAAGAAAUGGAUCCGAUUUGUUAAACGCAGCCGUAGCCGACAGCUGAGCUCGGAGCCAAGCCCAAUGUUAUGGGAAUCGAGUCACUGCGACGUUAGUGAGAAUAUCGAGAAAUAUCUGGUCGGCAUCGGGAGACAGUAUCGCAGGUGCAUUGAAUGCCAGCGCCAAACCGGCGUCUUGUCCCGGAAGCUGUCUGGUUACUCCGAUCUGGGCAACCAGAUGAUGCCGUUCACGGCCGUUGUAAGCCGACGGGUCAAGCUUACCUCUAUUAUUGAGAGGGAAUUUCCUGGUCUUAUGGAAUCGUUGCCACCCGACCAAGUUCCAAGGCAACGACGGAUGAUGGGCGUCUCAACCAAUGUCUUAUCGUUCACCUUGUACGUCAUCCAUUGCCCCUCAUGCGGAAAAUGGCAGGAAUCUAGCGCUUUUCGGCAGCCAGAUCUAUUUCAAGAUGGAUUCCUUCACCCGGCAAAGCUUAAAGGCCCUCUUCUUUGUAACCAUUGCCACCUCAGUACCCAUCAAGACCCGCGUUUACUCGCCCAGGAGCUCUCAGCCCACGCGCUCGCUAUAGUGCAACACGCACGCACAGUCCUGGAAGAAGAUUUUAAGUAUGGCUGGGAGUCAAUUAAUCGGGAAUUCAACUCCUGGUCACACUUUGAACCCCCUAUACUCGGAAAGUAUAAGGCCAUGAACAAAGAAAUCCUGGGUGGGCUGAAAUUCCAAGGCCCGCUGCGUCGGAAGGAUGACAUUAUUGUCGAUCUUCCCUCAGCGCUCCCCGACCUCCAUCGCCGAUUUAAACAACUGCGCUAUUUUCUUUACAACGAGGUCGAGCCCGGGAUACGAGCCGAAGUCUUCAAGGACGAGUGGAUGGAGAUGUGGUUGGAGGACUAUUCCUUGAUGGAGGCUAUGCUCCCUUGGCUAAACCAGCAGAUCGCAUGGGUCAAGAGCAAUCCAAAUGCCGUACUUAACCAUGUGCUACACAAUAACCCGUACCAGAUCUAGGGUAACAGGUAGGUGUCGAGUGCUUUUGAGGUUUUGAAUUGAGGCGGCCGACCACAUCUAUGGGCUGCUAUUAAAUAAAGUGCCUCGGUAGGAAGCCGGUCAAAACACCAACACAACCCUAAGCCGGCCAAAUCCAGGAGUAACCAGCUGGCGCCGGCUGGGGCAUCGCGCGGUCCGCCUGCCUACGAGGUACCCGGCACCCAGGUGCCCAUCGACCAGUGACGUCCAUCUG